AAAAUGGGCAAAGGGACAAAAUAGCUCACUAGAAAGUGAUAUCACAGCCAAUUUGACUAGAAUUAGUUCAGUGCACAUGGGAAAGGUGAAGAGUGAAGUCACAGACACUUCGGAAACAGGACACUGCAUACACCGCAAUACACCGGUACACAUGAGCGAGUGUCAAAUUGUGUGAUAACACGCAUAUGACCAACUUACCGCUGCUAACUCCCUCUCUCUCCAACUCUGAAUCUCGUGAAUGAUGGGGGUGCAAAAUGUGCAGAUUUUCUUCGACAACUCUCCUCAGGGCAUCUACUUUCCCGGGCAAACGAUUCACGGCCGGGUGAAGGUCGAAGUGCAAGGUCAUCAAGCCGUCAAUAUAAGAGGUGUGAGCGUCAAGUUCCAAGGGGGUUCUCUAGUCCGAUGGACAGAGACCGUUCAAAGGUCCGAAAGCUUCCAUCAUCACGGUUCCACGGGUAUCAACAGUGUCUCGGAUGGGAGUCUGAGUAGUGGGCGAGUCAAUCGACAAGAGAUCGUGGUUCACUCCAAUCACGAAGAGUACUUCAAGUCCAAGUUCUUCGUGUUUGGCAAUGGUCAAAAUGUGCCAAUUUUUCCAGGGGAACACGUCUUCUCGUUCAGUUAUAUCCUACCGGCCAAUCUGCCCUCGUCCUUCGAGAGCACCCUGGGGCAUAUUCGGUACCAAUUGGAGGCCCGGGUAGAUCGACCUUGGGCCUUAGAUAAGGUGUCCAAGACUUUCUUUACCAUCAACGGCAUUUUGGACCUGAAUCUGGAACCGGGAGUCAAUGCCCCCGUUCAAGUAAUGGACCACAAAACGAUGUGUUGCUGGUGUUGUCGAAGUGGGCCCAUUUCGGCAUUGGUGAUGUUACCGAAAUCAGGCUUCGUUCCGGGAGAGGCCAUCCUACUCGAAGCGGAUGUGGACAACAUGAGUAACCGACUCAUGAACCGCACUCAAGCCCGACUUAUUCAGACGGUUCGCUAUCAAGCAACCGAUGCCUCAAAGGUGGUUGAGAAUCCCAUCCUCAAGGCUGAUCAGGGACAGAUCCCCCCUGGAGAAUCCCAAACGUGGAACGAUCAUCCCUUACGCAUUCCAGCCCUCCCUCCAUCGGGUCCUAGAGGAUGUUCCAUCAUCCACAUAAGCUACAAACUCGAGUUCCAUGUGGAACCGUCGUCGGUUGGUAUGAGCUUGAUCUUGAGUACACCCAUUACCAUUGGAUCCAUCCCGACUCAGAAUAGCUUCAACCAAUUUCAAGGCAACAGUCAGGGAUAUCCUUCUCCUUCUCCAUUUGUGUUUCCGAUCAACGAAAUGCCUCCACCUUAUUCCGAUCAAGUAUAUAAUCCACCCAAGGUUAAUGUUCAACCCUCAGCCCCGUCCUUACUCAUGAUGGAGCAAUAUCCCGAUCUGCCCCCACCCAGUUACAUUCAGGCUGUCAAUGAGUCCAGACCUCCUCGGAUUGCCAGAAUGGACGACGAUCAUGAAGAUACCACUGCCAAUUGGGAAUUCGUGCCUCAAUACGCAGUUUACCAGCCUAAAUCGGCAUGAUCCACCAUCCUCUUAACAAAAGUGUGUGUGGGAUGGAAGACUAGCAUUUCCUCUGUUUUGAUUUGGUUUGAAAAAACACCUAUUUAACCUCUUGUAUUCAGCAUUUUACCUCGUAACAUGCGGUAGGUUUAGGAGGUCUUUUAAUUAAUGGCUGACAUAUCUGGCAAUCUAAAUCAAAGAAACAAGUCUUGAUGACCGACACAUUUUUAUGGCACAGUUUGAAAGUCAAAUGUACUAAUUAUUGAUCGAUUGUAUGAUCUUGAAAAGGAAAUAAAAAUUUAUUGUACAUAUAA